AUGGCGGAGACGCUGAGGCGGGUGCUAAGCCGGGGCAGCGCGGCCGGGUCCGGGGAGAACACAGCCGAGGCUGGGCCGCCUUUGCUGCUGCUCGGCGGUCCCGGCUCUGGAAAGACAGCGCUGCUAUUCGCGGCGGCCCUGGAGGCGGCAGGGGAGGGCCGAGGGCCCGUCCUCUUCCUGACCCGGAGGCCUCUGCAAAGCCUGCCUCGCGGGACGAGGGCAGCGCUCGACCACCUGCGCCUGCAGAAGAUCCGCCUCCAGUACCCACCCUCGACCCGUGAGCUUCUCCGGUUCCUGUGCUCUGCUCAUGAGGCCCGGGGGCCAGCCCCCUCCCUCCUGCUGCUCGAUGGCCUGGAGGAGUACCUAGCUGAAGACCCAGGGCCCCAGGAAGCCGCCUACCUGGCUGCCCUGCUUCUGGACACAGCUGCCCACUUCAGCCACCGAAUUGGGCCUGGUGGUGGCUGUGGGCUCAUUGUGACCCUCCAGACCCAGGAGGAGGGAGACAUUGGGGACGCCCUGCAGCUGUCACUGCUCCAGCGGUAUUUCCCUGCCCAGUGCUGGCUGCAGCCAGAUGCACCAGGCCCAGGACAGCACCGCCUCCGAGCCAGCCUGGAGCCAGGUGGGCUGGGCCCCAGGGCAGAGUGGUGGGUGACUUUCCGACCAGAUGGAGAGAUGACAGUCACCCCGUGGCCUACCCAGGCUGGCGACCCCAGCUCAGACAAGGGUUCAAGCUCUGGAGGGCAGCCUUGAGCUUUGGUAUGUGACAACCUCUCUAUGCCUUGGUUUCCUGUGUCUGGAAUACUUCCCCCAGGGAAAUGUGCAGAUUCCAAGACCUAAAGAAUGUAAAGUGCUUUUUCUCUUUUAAAAGUAGUAUUACUGUGUACAUAUUAUGCUCAAUCAACAUAUUGUUUCGUUUUGCUAUUUUGAACUUUAUAAAAAGAGUUUUGUGAUAAAUGUAAUUUUAUGAGACUUC